AUGUUUGGAUGCGAUUGGGCAGAAUUGCGGUUCAAGCGCAUGAGGCCUGUUCUUGCCUCGGUGGCGUCGGGUAGUGUCACCGGUGCCCUGCUGACUCUUGCGAAGGAGAUCUCGAGCCCCAACUUCCUGUUGCCACCUGCUCCGACCACUGCUGAGGUCUGCUCUCUCCUUCCUCCACUCCCGCAGUCUUGGACUUUGGAUUGGACUUCCUUCUGCAUCGGCCUCCUUCUUGGCUGCCUCUUCCUUCCUCUUUUGGACUUGCUGCUUAUCCUGAGGUUGGCUUGGAUCAGGGCUCUGAGGAACACCAUACCCAAUAGUCUAGAAGAAAGAGCUGCUCAGACUGACCGUAGAGUUGCCACUGUGGAAGAGGGGGUGCGAGAAGAAGGCAACGGUGGUUUUGAUUUGAUCACAGAAGCUAGUUCUUCGGAAAGGACCAGCCCAGUUGCAAGAAACCAGACAGCUGCUUCAGCAGCGGACACUGAGGUUCUUGGCUCGGACAGCCGAGGACGCAGACUUUUAGCUGAGGAGAUUGGAAGGUUUCUGAGGAGAGCGGUUGAGGGUGAGCAUCGAGGCAGUUCAGGUAGGGACAGACUGAAGCUUCAGAAUCGGAUUUACGUGGUUGUGGCCGGCUUUGACGGCAUCCCUUUAGCCGAGCCUAGAGUGGAGAGCAGUUUUGCGGUUGUCCGAGGCAUUUGCAAGAGAGGGCCUGACUGCGGAAGCUCGAUUUUUGUGGGCUUUGCAACAAAGUGGGAGGCGAAGAUUGCUUUGGAGACGGGACAAAUGCCUGAGAUUCCGGGCGUGCCUGAGGAGGUUGCUCAGGCGCUCUUGGUCCAAGAGGACGGCAGUGCGGCAGAAGACUAUAAAGUGGUGAGUUUAAGCUUCACUUCUGAGGCUGGGGCUGAUAAGGUGAUCAACCUCAUUGCCAUCACGGUCAUUGACGACCGUCUUUUGGUGGCUGUUCCUGCGGGGGCUUGGCACAAGACAGGUGCUCGACGCCUUCUCCCUCGCAACGGCCUGACAAAGACCGUGAAGGUCGAAGUUUUGCCAGCUAGCACAGAGGAGCCAGAAGUUUGUCUGGCUGAGGCCCCUCUGAAACUAUGGGUGGGGCUUUUGGAUCGCAGCCUCUACGGAGGGUUGGAGGCAGGAGCCAGUCCGUUGGCAGAUGCCGACAUCACCGUCCUGUCAGCAGACGGGAGCGUGGAAUUGAUUCCAUACGGUCCGGGGUUGACGGAGGUGGCGGACCAACAUUUCCUGUUCCUGUCAGCUAUUUCAGGCGCAGCAGAAGAAGCGGAGGAUGCAGAGGACGUUGGCCCAGAGGGGGGAGAGCUCCCUUUGGGAGACAGGAUGAAGUAUAUAGAAGAUGCUAUAAGCCAGAUGCAGGCGAGUCUGGCCCGGCUGGCUCCUCAAGACCAGAGCCGUCGCACAAGAGAAGGAGUCAGAAAGGGACCAGAUGCUGCUCGCGGAGUUUUGCCCGCUGGCUCGAAGAAAGACAGCGGUUUGAAGCGAGAGCAUCUCCCUGGCUUGGAUCCUGCUGUGCUCACCUCGGCUCGAGAAGCUGGGAUUCCGGAGGAGCAGUUGAGGACUCUUUCAAAGUUGGUAGCGAAGUCUUCCACUAUGCAGGAUGCUCCUUCAAUGCCCAGAAAGCCCGCUCUGCGGAAGAACCCGCUCAGCGAAACAGAGGAGGAGGGACCAGAGGACGUAGAAAGCGAGGAGGAUGCGGCUUCAGAAGAAGAAGGAGCGGCGCCUAUAGAGAAGGCAGUUUUGCAGCUCACUCGGAUAGUGGGCGACCUAGCCAAGUCCAAAGACAAGAAAAGCCGAGAUGUCGAAGCUUUGCUGGAUGGUGUCGAUGGAGACGCCGCCGAUCCUUCGCACUCCAGCGGCGGCAAGUCGAAAGCAGCUGUGUACAAAAAGAUGAAGUCUUGCUUGCGGGACAACCCGAAGUAUCUGUAUGCCACGGUGAUGGAGCUGAUGGAGCAGGAUUUCCACGUGCUUCGCACGGCCCCCGGGAGUUCCAGCCAAGCAACGAGUUGGCGAGCUUGGAUAGAGCAUCGAAGAGUUCUGGACGCUCUGCAAGCUGGAGCUGUGGCGGAAGCUCAAGCUCGAGCGGCAUUGGGCAUCCUGGCGGCGGACCAAGCUGCUUUGGACAACGGCAGUUGGGUGAUGGCACAGGAGGCGCUCUUGGAGGAAGCUCCUCCCAUGUCCUCCUUCAAGGGAAAGGAGCGACCAGAGCAAUGGGAACAGACAGCCAGCAAGCUGAUGGACGAGAGAUGGCUGGAUGUUUUGAUGUGGAGAUUGAAGAACCGAGACUCCUACUUGGAAUCUCGCAAGAGGUUGGGGCCCAGCAGCAAGAAGGAGUGGCAUCCCGGGAACGACAAGGAGAAGGAGGCGGGCACAAAGACAAAGAAGCCAGGGGGAGGAAAAGGCGAUCGCAAAGGGAGCGGCGAGAAAGGGAGCCACGGCAAAGGGAGAGCGCCUGAAGGCACGGUGUGGCCCAUGCCCCUGCCUUUUCCUGAGUUGCACCUUCCGCGAGGGAACCGCAACCAGAAGGACGCCAACAGAAAGUUGGGUCUCAAUUUUACAGUUUUGGCUCUCAAUGCUUUGCGUUUUGAGGAGAAGAAAGCCAACGCCGUCAUGCCUGGCCUUGGCACAAAGUUGAAUAGCAGUCAGUGGCGAGUCGUCAAGCUGUUGACCUUCCACAUUGACACCUGGAAUGACUGCUCUCCAGUCGGCCCUGAGCAAAUGGGCCGAGCGGCUGCGAAAGUUGAAGCUGUGGAGGAAGUCUUGCAGAAGCUUUGGACUUUUGCUUCUUCGACUGAAGUUGGGCUCAGAAACUAUGGCAAGGGAUCAAAGUUUUGUUUUUCUGAAGACGAGGGUGGCAGAGAGAAAAGGAUUUUGGGUGCCUCUUUUAGAAGCAAGUGCGUGGGUAGCAUGCAGCACACUCAAGCUCCCCUUGCAAAGCAGGUGGAACCAGAGCGCCUCAAGUUUUGGAAGUCUCCAUCCUUUGAUCCCUCUCCUUUCCUCGAUGAUCACAACAGAGAAACCUUCCUUUUCCCUUUGGACUGCUCCGCUGUUGCAGAUGUGGCGGAGCACCCAGCGCCCAGAGUCAGAGUGCACAUCAGAAAGUGUAACGAAGUGAAGCUCCUUGAAACCCUGGAUGCCUGCGAAAGACUUCAACUCCUACCUGAGAAAGAUGUGAGGAUGGCUUACAGAAAUGGCAUGUUUAGCAUCCCUAAAGAUGCUGCGAAGGUUGCAAGAAUGUUUUCUGAGGAUAUACGAGAGUUUUACCAUGCCUUCUGCAUUAGCCCUCAGCGCCUGCGGCGCAACGCACUGGCAAUGGAUGUGCGGCCGCAGCAGGUGUCGCACCUGCGAUGCUUCCGGCCUUGGAUGUGGAAGUUUGAGAAGCUGGUGCCUUGUUUGGGCACUAUGGCCAUGGGCGACUGCCGCGCCGUUACCUAUGGUCAGACGGCUCACCUUAGCUGUCUGCUGAGGUCGCCCAAGCUUUCCCUCAGCGACUUCAUCACACUGAAGGGCAGACCUUCCAGGAAACCUUUUGUGGCAGGGCUGAUGAUAGAUGACUUUGUUUUGAUAGAGAAGCGGAGAAAGUCAGACCUGCACCGAAGUGAGGUUUCUCAGCAACCUUUGCAAAGCUCGCCACAACAUGCGAGCCUUCAGAGCAGUCCUUGCGAAGAGAUCAUACAAGAGGUCAGAGCUUUGUAUGACAAGGUGGGCCUCCCACGACACCCCGACAAAGCAGUCAGCAAUGCCGCUCAAGGCACGUUUUGGGGCAUGGACUUUGACGGUGAUGCGGGGGUCCUCCGACCUUGCUUGAAAAGGAGCGUGCCAGUGGGUUUCAUCAUCCUCGAGAUGCUGAAGCUGGGAAAGACCUCAGUAGGGCUUUUAGAAGUUCUCGCUGGAAGUUUGGUUUCGAUUUUUCAGUGUCGGAGAAGGUUUAUGUCAUGCUUGCAGUUUGUUUAUGAGGAACAAAGAGGACGGAAGCGCUCAGACAUUCUGACGAUCUCGAGCGCUCUGGAGACGGAGUUGUUGCAGUGUGUUGCUCUCCUUCCUCUUGCCUGCAUUGACAUGCGCCUGCGCCCUUCUCCUCUCCUUAUUGCCAGCGAUGCUUCUCCCUGGGCCACUGCAGCAGUUUCCACACACCUUUCUCAAGCCAGUGUUGAGGAGUUUCAGAAGUAUGGUUUACAGAAGGGCAUGUGGAACAGAUUGCUGAGCCCUGUAGGGGCCUACCUACGGGAAAAAGGGCUUCUGGAAGCACAGGAGGAGCUGCCGGAGAAACAAAGUUUUGACAUGCACCCGCUUUGGGAUGAGAUAGUCGAGACAAAAGUUUUCUCUCAGUUUGGAAAAGUGAGCAGUAGAAAAGGGCGUCAGCACAUCAACUUGGGCGAAGUCGAUGCCGCUUUAGAUGCGGAAGAGCUUCAGGGGAGAGAGGAUCCCGGGUCUUACUAUGUCCAUUUGCAGGACUCUCAAGUCUCCCUUGCAUGCUUGGUAAAGGGGAGAUCCUCAUCUGCAGCUAUCAACAAGAAGCUGAGGAAGUCGAUCCCCUCGCACGUAGCCAACAACAACCGUGCCUUUUACGGUUAUGUGCGAUCAAAGAAGAACCCUGCAGACGCUCCCACGCGAUCCAGAAAAGUGCCGAGUCCUACAAGAGAGCCAGCGCCUUGGCUGGCCAGAGCAGAGGAGGGUUUUUUUGAAGAUAUGGAAGUUUUUCUGAGACAGCAUGGAGUGGAUUUGUUUUCUUUGCGUGAACUUCCAAUGGAGGAGGACCUGAUGGCACCUUGUGAUGUGGAUGUUAGGUGCCUCUCACCUGGGUCUUCUUCUCCAUCCUUCGCCGUCCCCUUGCCUGAAGCGCACCCAAGAAAGGGUUUACCGGAGGAACUGAGAAAUCUGUUGAAGCAGUUUGAUGCGAGCCAGUUUGUCCUGUCGAAGGAAUUUUCAACUCUGGAGGAAGCCUUUGACGCGGGGCCUGGAAUUCUUGACCUCUUUGCUGGAAGCAGGGGUUUUUCAAAAGCUUGCGUCAGACAUGCUGCUACUUGGACUUUGACUUUUGACCUCGCUCACUCUGAGUCUGAAAAUCUCCUUUCCCCUUCCUUGCAAGAGCAGCUGCUGUUUUUGAUUAGGUCGGGCGCGUUUUUAGCCAUGGGAGCGGGGCCAGUUUGUGCUUCGUUCAGUCAAGCGGUGACUCCUGCAUGCCGGACGAGAGAACAUCCAGAAGGUGUUCCGUGGGCUUCAGAACUGCAGCAGUGCAAAAAUAGGAUGGGAAACGAGAUGCUGGACUUUGUUUUGCAGUGUGUCAAGGCCUGUUUGAGUGCAGACGUAGUCUUUUGGGUCGAAAACCCGUUCCUUUCUAGGUUGUGGCGACAGCAGGGCCACCUAAGCUGGGACGAAGUGCUGGCUGACGCCAGAGUGGGCGAUUUGGACCUGGAUUACUGCCGCUUUGGGACUCCAUGGCGAAAGAGGACGAAGUUUAGGACUUCGACCCAUCUGCGAGGACAGAGAUGCUUUUGUUUGGGAAACCAUGAGCAUGUAGCGUUACGUGGGCGGUGCAAAGAGAAGGGGCUGUCGUUUACAAAAUUGGCCGAGCCCUACCCCAGGGGCGUGUGUGAGUGCCUGGCAUGGGCAACUUUGGUUGACUGUGGUCUGCUGCCUGAGCGGAGAAAGGUUGAUGUCAGUUCCUGCGCCCGCUCUUUUUCGAGGCGCAUUGGAGAAGCUACAAACCCUGGUCCUGCAAGCUAUGCAGCUGGCCGUCCAAACAUAUGGCUGGGCGACGUGGAGCUGCUCGAGCCUGCUACGAUACUGCUUCGUAGCAAGAUUUGGCGGCAGUUUUCAUGCUGGUUUGAAAGAACUUUUGAUGGUGCAGCACCGGUGGACUGGCUCAAUGCUUCACCAGGCUUGUUUGUCCAGAGCCUAGUUGCUUACGGUCAUUUUUGUUUUUCUGACGGAGUUGCACUCCAUGUUUACCGUCAACUGCUUGCUCACGUGCAAAAGCUACACCCGCAGAUAAAGGUUUUCAUGACUCCAGCUUGGGAGACUGUUUCGAAGUGGGAGAUGCAAGAGCCCAGCAAACACAGACCUCCUAUGCCGGAACCAAUUAUGCUGGCAAUGGUGAGCCUUGCUUUGGCCUGGAAGUGGGAGCGUUGGUCUGCGAUCACUCUUGCCUGCUUUUACUCUGUUUCUCGCAUUGGGGAACUCCUGAAGGUCAGACGUCGUGAGAUCCUGACCCCUAGAGAUCUGCUGCACAACGAACCAGUGAUUUACAUCAGGUUUCUUGCUCCAAAGAGCCGCAGACGCGGCGCCAAAGUACAGUAUAGCACCAUAGAAGAAGGGGCUGCAGUCGCUUUUCUUUGCAAAGUGUGGGAUUGCCUGCACCCUGAUGACUUGCUGUACUCUGGCUCUCAGGGCGCGUACCGAAGCCGAUGGAAUGCGUUGCUGGCUCGUUUGCAGAUUUCUAGUCAGCAUCAGCUGACACCUGGUGGACUUAGAGGUGGGGGAGCUGUUUGCCUUCACCGUAGGGGCUUGGCUCUGACUGAGUUGAUGUGGAAGAUGAGACUGCAGCAUGCCCAGACUUUGGGGUAUUACCUCCAAGAAACAGCAGCGUUGUGGAUGGCAGAGCCAUCUGAUGAAUGGCAACGCGUUGCUGGCCGUGAAAGGCCUUACUACAGAUGCCAGAACAGCUCGUUGAGAAAAGAGCUGCGGGAGCACAAGAGUGCCAUUGCGCCUUUGGAGCGGAACAUCAAGCCUGAUGAGUUCAUCUCCUUCAAUGGUGGUGGACUUCAUGGAGCUUUCGAGAUUCCAAACUACAGGCGAGCUCCAUUCUGGAAGUACUUCUGGGCUCAACACUUUGUGACCCGACAACAUGUCUUCAAUGUCCAUCAUACUGGGUAUAUCGUGCUCUGUGUGUUUUUUUGGUGGACCGGUGCUUUUUCAACAGCUCCCAUGGAGCGAAGGGAGAAGUACUACAUGCACUCACCAAAGUUCCGACUUCAGACAGCAUAUGCGAAUCCAGGUACAAGGCCAGCCGCUAAGAUCGCCCAGGAGCAGGCGAAGGUGCGAUACUUUUACAGAGGGCACGACCAUGCCUUCACUCUCAAUGAGAUGAAAGAUUUCUACUUCAAGCUGCGUGAGAACUGGCUCAUUCAGCACUAUCCUGGCAUUCAGUAUCCGUUCGUCCAUCGUCAGAUGAUUCCAGAGAAAACUGCUGAUCCACUUAAGGUGCCUAUCUCGGAUCCCCUCCUUCCAGGGCACGGACAUUGA